AGCUCCUCAGAGCCUGUGAGGUCUGCUGCAGCUUUAUAUACCAGAGCUAAAUUUAGGAGCGAUCUCCAUCCUGAACGUGUUUCCUUUGCCUCACGCAAUUGGUUCAGCCGCGCCGCUGCAAUAUUUAUAAGAUAGGAUUCCCUACCAAUCAAACUUGCACAUGUCUUUGAAACACUACUUCAUAUAGGACGGCCGUAGUCGCUUCGCCUACAACUGACACGGUUUGCACGCAGAAGGACUUACAACGGUUUUCCCUUUUUUUUUUUUUCCUUCGCACGAGCGCGCGUGGGGCUCAGUGUACACAGCGAGAUGGCAUUGAGCAGCACUAUCCUCCCGUCCAUCUCCACCUUCGCCGUCACCAAAGAGAAGAGCUGGGAAAACGCAUGGAAGCCCGAAAUUGACAAGCAGCUUCAUUCCAGCUGUUCGAUGUCUGACCUGCAUCACCCAGAGAGCUGUUCUGAUAGGAAAGACGAAGAGGACUUGAGCUGUUUCUUGGACUUGGACUUUAUCCUUGCCAACACCGCCUCCAGUUCAGAUUACCAGGCGCAGCCUGUCCAGUCUGGCUCGCUCUUCCAAGCUUCUGUCUCCAACGGGUCUUUCGAUGUUGUCGGCCAGUGCGGCCCCCCUCCACCGUACAGCUCCAGUCUUAUGGCAGAACUGUUAAGACCCGAGAUGGACACGAACUACUGCAACAUCCAGGGACGAUUUCUAGUCACGUCUUUCCAAAGCCAGGACUUUGCCGACAUCAAACCUGAACCCAACAUGGACAGUUACGGACCAGUGAUUGGCAUGGUGCCACAAUCCUGUUCAAAAAUUAAGCAAGAGGGCAAUGCCUCCUGCAUGUUGGCAUUUGAACAACCCCGGAUAGCCAACUCUCCGCAAGCGACGGGCAACAUCACCCCGCCGCUGAGCCCCAACGACCUGAUGACCGCCGACUGCCAGACCCAGAUGUGCCACUCGUUGCCCUUCCAGCAGGGCUACCACUCCUCUCAUCAGAGCUUUCCGCCGCCUGUGCCACUGCAGUACCAGGGCGCCCACCCAUUCGGCCUUUACGAGGAGGCGCUGGGCCUGCAGCCGACCGCCCAGAGGGUGAUGCUCACCCCGCCGUCCUCGCCGCUGGAACUCAUGGACACCAAGCCAAAGAGGGGUCGGCGAACGUGGCCGAGGAAACGAACGGCCACACACACGUGCACGUUCGUGGGCUGCGGCAAGACCUACACCAAGAGCUCGCACUUGAAAGCCCAUCACCGAACUCAUACAGGUGAAAAGCCUUAUCACUGCACGUGGGAAGGCUGCGGAUGGAAGUUCGCCCGAUCGGACGAGCUGACCCGACAUUUCCGCAAGCACACGGGCCACCGACCCUUCCAGUGCCACCUCUGCGAGCGGGCCUUCUCGCGGUCCGACCACCUGGCAUUGCACAUGAAGAGGCACAUGUGAGCGGGAGCGGACUGGACUGGACUCGGCUUACAAACUGGACCUUUAUUAUUAUUAUAAUUUUUUUUUAUACUCGGUUAUUUAAUUUUUAAGGAAAAGCCAUAUGUUAUUGUAAAAUAUGUAAGCAAAAUAUAUUUGUAGCUGGUACUACCUGGUUGGACGAAGAAUUUGCAAAAGCCUUUUCAUCAACCGAACCUCUCCAUAAGGCUGGUCCUCAACCAUCUCGAAACUAAAGCAAACCCUUAUGCAAACUGAAGACUGGAACAUUUUUAACAAGUUCUGUAUUUGUGUUAACGCUUUUUUUAAGUGCCUUCAUGUGACGCGACACUUUUGUUAAGGUCGUAUUUUUCUCUGGGGUUAUAUUGACAGGUUUAUAUUCGCUGUAAAAUAUAAACUGCAAAAAAAAAAAUAUAUGCCUUUUUGUAUAACUUGAUGCUUAAUUUUCCUGUUUAAAAUUGUGCCUUCAAAAAAAAAAAAAAAAACUGCCUCCCCCCUACCCCAGUGGGUGGGGUUAUUUUUGAAUGUGUUUUCAAAAGCCAAAUGAAGUCAGGGUCUUCCAAGAAAAACAAAUGUCAUUAAUGUAUUAAAGGAGUUGCAUAUUCAGUAUUAGUCUGUGCCAGAUUCAAUCACACUAUUGACGCAGGGUUGCAUACUUAAUGCGAAGUGUAGAAAUCCAUGUAAAUAUGUGUAAAUGUAAAUAUUGUAUUUUUAUUGUAAAUAUUAAACUAAAUGAGCUGAA